AUGAAGUUUCUCGUAGUACUUUCACUCGCAAGUAUCGCUGUUUGCGUCAGCGCCCUUCCACAAGCUGCAGAUGUUGUUCCACAAAUCCAAUGUGGCAAAAAUGAAGUUUAUACAGACUGUGGAAACCCUUGUACCGAUUCCUGUCCCGAUGGUCGCGUGUGCACUAUGCAAUGCAGAGAAAUGUGCAUCUGUGCCGAUGGAUUUAAACGUAACAGCAAUGGAGUUUGCAUCGAGGAAAAACUUUGCAGUGUUUCAAGCGUAAAAUGCAAAGAUCCUAAUGAACUUUACUAUUUCGAUAACGUUUGCACUGAAAACUGUUUCGGAUAUUUGAUGCGUUGCGAAAAACAAGAAUGGGGUUGUUACUGUAAAGAUGGCUACAAACGCGACAGCAACACUGGCAAAUGUAUUCCAGCUGAGCAAUGUCCGCGUGAAGGCGAAACUGGCAAAUGCCCGUGUUCCUUCCAAUAUUACGAGUUGUCAAGCGAGUGUGAAAGUGUCUGUACCGAUGGCCGGUGUGACGGUACCAAACGUUAUGGCUGCUGGUGCAUGAAGGGAUACAAAUACCAUGCCGAAAGCAAGAAAUGCGUUCGUUCAGAUAGAUGCUAA